AUAGGUAGAGCAGCACAACAGUAGAGCCGAACACAGCAGCUGAUCAAGGCCGCCUGCUGCCUGCCACCCGGCCAGCUGAUUGCGGUGCAUUCAUCGCUGUUUACGUAAUAAUACGAGUAAAGAAAGCUCAGGAAGCUGCCACACGGCGUGUACAGAAUGUUGCCAUGCCAGUUGAGAUCGUUGAGGCUGAGCACGGUGGUACGCCCGCUGCUGCUGCACGCCCGCACCAUGGCUGCCGCCCCCGAGCCCCCGGUGAUCCUGCAGGACGUGGGGGAUAAGGGCGUCAUCACCCUCAACAGACCCAAGGCACUCAACGCCCUCAACCACCAGAUGAUACAGCUCAUUCAGCCCCGCCUCAAGGAGUGGGAGUCCUCCAAGAGCAUGGUCAUCAUCAAAGGGGCGGGAGAGAAGGCGUUCUGUGCUGGCGGCGACGUGCGAGCUGUGGUGGAGACAGUGGGUGAGCCAGACGCCCUAGGGGAGUACUUCUUCCGGGACGAGUACAUCCUGAACUGUCUGAUAGGCACACUGCACAUCCCCUACAUUGCCCUCAUUGACGGCAUCACCAUGGGUGGCGGUGUGGGCCUCUCAGUGCACGGCCAGCACCGAGUGGCCACCGAGCGCACCGUCUUUGCCAUGCCAGAGACAGGUAUCGGCCUCUUCCCUGACGUUGGUGGUGCCUACUUCCUACCUAGACUGGGGGGACGGCUGGGAAUGUAUUUGGCCCUCACUGGCCAUCGACUGAAGGGACGAGAUGUGUUGAAGGCAGGCGUGGCGACCCAUGUGUGUGACGCGGAAAGGAUUGGGGAGCUGGAGGAGUCUCUGCUUAGCCUGCAGUCUCCUUAUCCCGAGGAUGUUGCUUCCGUGUUGCAGAAGUUCCAUGAGGAGUCGGCCUUCAGCAAAGACGCACCAUUCUCCCUGCAGCCGGUGCUCCCCAAGAUUCAGUCCUGCUUCUCGGGUGGCUCAGUGGAAGAGAUCUGUGGCAAUUUAGAGAAGGAUGGCUCAGAGUGGGCAGUGAAGCAGCUGGAGAUCCUGAAGAAAAUGUCCCCCACGUCCCUGAAGGUGACGUUCCAGCAGGUUGAGCGCGGGGCACACCUCACCCUGCAGGAGUGUCUGGCCAUGGAGUACCGCAUUGUCAAGCGCAUCUACAAGGAACAUGACUUUACUGAAGGCGUGGGAGCAGUCCUCAUCAAGAAGCACCAGAAGCCAGUGUGGAAGCCUGCCAGCCUGAGUGAGGUGUCUGACCAGCACAUUGCCAACCAUUACUUCUCCCCACUGAAUCCUGCAGAGGAGCUUCCCUUGUAAUGGCCCACCUUACCCUCUUGUCCUAGACAGGCUGUUCCUUCUGUGCCAAGCCACCUCUUGUGCUGUGAAGAUUCCUCAUUCUUAGAAGUAAGUUUGCUUUUAGGAUAAAACUGUGUGUGUCUGUAUAUGUAUGUGUGUGUGUCUGUGUGUUGAAUUAUUGUAACCUGAAUACCUGAAGAAGCAGCUGAGUUUGAAAUUUUGUAAUCAAAGAUGCUAAAGAUGCUGUACUGAUGUCUUUUAGUUAUGUUCAUAGGCACUGAGACUAACCAUCUUCACAAGAGUUGUGCUUAGCUGUGAUAUGAAUAUACUUAGUUGAUUGGUAUACAAGCUGAUUGUUUAUAUAAGAUGUUGCAAGGUUUUUAAGGCAAAAAGUAAAGAUUUGAGCUGUCGUCACAGUAUUAGACAAGCUUCGUAAUGGUGCAGCUGUUUAAGAGAAGCAAGUAUUUAUCACGAGACUACUUAGUGGGCUUCCCAACCCAUGACCCAGAGAGUGAGCAGGAAUGUCAAGGCAAGACUGAACCUAAAAAUAAAGAGAUGAACAAGACUCCACAUAUAACUUAGGGAUUGUUUUUUCAGUAUUUGCUAUGGCAUUAUAUAAGUAAGAUCCUCCUGUAGAUACCUCAUCAAAUCUCUGUAUUUCAUAACUCUGUAAGGUUCUGUUGUACCACUGUCAGAGUUUGUAUACAGCAGCAAUAACUCCUGUGCUUAGUGUGUCUCACAGUAUGCCUGGUGUAGACCACUGGUAGCAGGAAGGGGAGAGGGGCACAAACUCCUAGUGAUUGUGAUGCUAUUGUUCAGUGUUCCCUGUGUGCUUUGUGCUUCACUCUCCCUCUCUCCCUCUGUUUUUCCUUCCCAGUCCAGGAGUCUUGCUCCAUGCUGCCUUAACUAACGUGUUACUUGAAAUAUGGGGUUUUAUACCUAACACUGAGAUUUUGGAGAAUUUUACAGUUCAAAUUCCAUGUUGAAUGUAAGAUACAAGGUUGCUGCAGACUUAAUUUGAUAUUUUAAUUCAUAAAGCAAAUGCAGUUGUAUUCUUUUAAUGUGGGACUUCAUGUAAAUACAAUAUUACUUGUUUUCAUA